AUGUCGGAACCAUCAGCAGUGCCCGUGCCUGCGGGAGAGGCCACUACGCAGUGGGCCUACCGUGCGCAAAAGUCGAUCGGCCUCAACACCGGCUCGCCCUCCUACUCGUCCGUCAACGGCUUCGACCAGGUACAGGGCGCCACGCGCGUCUUCCAGUACAGCCCCGACGGCUCCACCUUUGCCGCUGCCAUGGACGACUUCACCCGCCUCGUAGACACCCGCAACGCCUCCACCUCGUCCGUCAAGCGCGACCUCCCCGUGCCCAAGGUGGUCGACCUCCAGUUUUCGCCCAAGGGCGGCUUCCUCUCCACAUGGGAGCGACCCUCCAAGCUCCAAGACGGCUCCAACGCACGCAACCUCAAGAUCUGGGACACCGAGUCCGGCGAGGCCGUCGCCACGUUCGAGCGAAAGUCGCAGAACGACUGCUUCUUCCAGUUCUCCGCCAACGAGGAGUACUGCGUACGACAGGUCUCCACCGAGCUCCAGAUCUACGAGGCGCGCCACAUUGCAGACAAGGGCGUCGUCGGCAGAUUGCGCCUCGAGGGCAUCACCUCCUUCGACCUCGGCCCGGGCGACAAGCCCAGCAUCGCCGUCUUUUGCGGCGAGAAGAAGGGCGCCCCCGCCUCGGUGCGCGUCUACUCGCUCGCCUCGCUCAUCCCCUCGCCCGAAACGCCCCCGGCGCCCGUGUCGCAAAAGACCUUCUUCAAGGCAGACAAGAUCCAGAUCAAGUGGAACAAGGCCGGAUCCGCCCUCCUCUUUAUGACCUCCACCGACCACGACAAGACGGGCAAGUCGUACUACGGCGAGACCAACCUCUACCUCAUGUCGGUGCGCGGCGACUUCGACUGCCGCGUCGGCCUCGACAAGGAAGGCCCCAUCCACGAUUUCGAGUGGAACCCCAACUCGAAGGAGUUUAUCGUCAUCUACGGAUACAUGCCUGCCAAGGCGGUGCUCUUUAGCCACCGCGUCAACGUGAUCGCCGAGCUCGGCACGCAGCCGCGCAACUUUGUCGCCUUCAACCCGCACGGUCGCCUCUUCUGCCUCGCUGGCUUCGGCAACCUUUCGGGCACGGUGGACAUUUGGGAUCGCGACAACCUGGGCAAGGGCAAGAUCUUUUCCAUGGAUGCGAGCAACAGCUCCGUGUGCCAGUGGUCGCCCGACGGCCACUUCCUGCUUACGGCGACGCUCAGCCCGCGUCUGCGCGUCGAGAACGGCGUCAAGAUCUGGCACUGCACCGGCGACCUCAUCCACGUCGACAUGAUCGACGAGCUCUACCAGGCUGGCUGGCGACCAGGCUCCAAUGCGGGGCUCAAGCCCUUCCCUGCGCAGUUCCCCGCCGCGCCCUCGCCCUCGCCUGCUGCUGCAGCGUACCUCGCCACCAAGGCGGCCACCAAGCGUCCUACGGGUGCCUACCGUCCACCGGGCGCACGUGGGCAGAACACGCCGGACAUCUUUAAGCGCAUCGACGAAGGCGGUUCCGGCGCCUCGACGCCCGAGAAUGGAACCUACCAGGCGCCCGGUACGGGCAACCGCAAACGCGCGAUUCCCGGUGCGGCCGGUGCACCGCGCAACGCCAACACCAAGGACAAGGACAAGAAGAAGGGAACCAAGCAGCAGGGCAAGAACGGUGCGGCUGCGGCGGCGGUCGAGGUGGUGCCGGAGCCGGCAGUGUCCGGUGCGGCCGAGGUGGGCGGCAACACGGGUGCGGCGAAUCUGGAAAAGCGCGUGCGCAACCUCAACAAGAAGCUCAAGGCCAUCGAAGAGCUCAAGCUGCGCCAGGCGGGCGGAGAAAAGUUGGAGGCCAUGCAGCUGGCAAAGAUCGCGGCCGAGGACGAGGUGCGCAACGAACUCGCCACGCUCGAGUAA